AUGUUGUCAUAUGCUCGCCAUGCCAAUGCCAUUGCCCCAAGGCUCCCAAAAAAUCACGCUCCUUUUCGUUCUCUUUUAAACACAACAUCAAACACUUCAUCUUCACAUUCGUCUUCGUCUUCGUCACAUUCGUCUUCGUUUUCGUCUUCGUCUUCGUCUGCAGGAAUAGGACGACGACUAGUAUUUACCCAAACCCAACCGCCUUCAAUCUCAAUCUCAAUCUCAAGCCCUCUCAAAUCCCUUCGCUUUCUUUCCCGUAACGUUAAUAAGAAGAAAAGGUCUUCCGUUCGCUCUCUUUCAUUUCUUUCAAAACCUAGAAUGGGCUCGCUUUGUGCCCUAGACGUGCCCUUGCAAUACCCUAGAGUCCGCAGAGAUGAGUCUGUUAUCGAUGACUACCAUGGCGUCAAGAUUGCCGAUCCUUAUAGAUGGCUUGAAGAUCCUGACUCAGAAGAGACCAAGGAUUUUGUACAGAAACAAGUGGAACUGACACAGUCGGUUCUAAAGGAAUGCGAUACGAGAGGCAAGCUUAGUGAAAAGAUCACCAAGCUUUUCGAUCACCCACGCUAUGAUCCACCUUAUAGGAAAGGGAAUAAGUACUUUUACUCCCAUAACACUGGGCUUCAAGCCCAAAACGUCAUCUACGUCCAGGACAGUUUGGAUGGAGAACCAGAGGUUUUGCUUGAUCCUAAUACGCUCAGUGAAGAUGGGACUGUAUCUUUGAACACACAUUCUGUAAGUGAGGACGCCAAGUACGUGGCCUAUGCCCUUAGCACCAGCGGCAGUGAUUGGGUAACAAUCAAAGUGAUGCAGGUUGAGGAUAAGAAGAUCGAGCCUGAUACUUUAUCUUGGGUCAAGUUUUCGGGCAUUUCCUGGACACAUGAUAACAAAGGGUUUUUCUACAGCCGAUAUCCAGCUCCAAAAGAAGGAAAAGAUAUUGAUGCUGGGACAGAGACCAACACAAAUCUUUAUCAUGAGGUUUACUAUCAUUUCGUGGGUACAGAUCAAUCAAAAGACAUACUAUGCUGGAAGGAUCCUGAAAAUCCUAAAUACUUGUUUGGAGCCAAUGUUACUGCUGAUGGGAAGUAUAUUAUUCUAUCUAUUACUGAGGGUUGCGACCCAGUCAACAAAUUUUAUUACUGUGACAUGUCUGCACUUCCUAAUGGGCUUGAAGGUCUAAGGGAGAAAAAUGAUUUGCUCCCAGUUCUGAAGCUUAUUGAUACAUUUGAUGCAAUGUAUGAUCUCAUUGCAAAUGAUGACACUCUGUUUACUUUUCGGACAAACAAAGAUGCUCCAAAAUAUAAGUUGGUCCGAGUUGAUCUAAAGGAACCAACUGUUUGGACUGACGUUCUCCAAGAAGCUGAAAAAGAUGUACUUGAAUCAGUAUGUGCUGUGAAUGGUGGCCAAAUGAUUGUUAGUUACUUGAGUGAUGUGAAGUAUGUACUACAGAUUAGGGAUUUGAAUUCAGGUAACUUGCUGCAUCAAUUACCCAUUGACAUUGGCUCGGUUAGUGGGAUUUCUGGAAGACGUGAAGACAGCACUGCUUUUUUUGGGUUUACGAGUUUUCUCACCCCUGGUAUAAUAUAUCAGUGUAAUUUAGCGAACGAAAUUCCGGACAUGAAGGUAUUUCGUGAAAUUACAGUUCCUGGGUUUGAUCGCUCAGAGUUCCAAGUUGAUCAGGUAUUCAUUCCCAGUAAGGAUGGAACUGAGAUACCAAUUUUUGUCGUGGCCAGAAAUAACAUUCCUUUGGAUGGAUCACACCCGUGCUUGCUAUAUGGAUAUGGUGGAUUCAACAUUAGUAUUACGCCUUAUUUCAGUGUUAGUCGUAUUGUACUUACAAGACAUUUAGGUGCUGUUUUCUGCAUAGCAAAUAUCCGUGGUGGUGGGGAGUACGGGGAGGAAUGGCAUAAAUCAGGCUCCCUAGCUAAAAAGCAAAAUUGCUUUGAUGACUUCAUUUCUGCAGCUGAAUACCUGGUAUCUGCCGGUUAUACCCAACCCAGCAAGUUGUGUAUCGAAGGUGGAAGUAAUGGUGGGCUGCUUGUUGGAGCUUGCAUAAAUCAGAGACCCGAUCUUUUUGGUUGUGCACUAGCUCAUGUUGGUGUUAUGGACAUGCUACGGUUCCACAAGUUUACCAUAGGUCAUGCAUGGACUUCUGAUUAUGGCUGUUCUGACAAGGAGGAAGAAUUCCAAUGGUUAAUUAAGUACUCGCCUUUACACAAUGUCAGGAGACCAUGGGAACUGCAUGCAAGCCAACCUCCCCAGUACCCAUCUACCAUGCUUUUGACUGCAGAUCAUGAUGAUCGAGUCGUACCAUUGCACACGUUGAAGUUAUUGGCAACCUUGCAAUAUGUUCUGAGCACAAGUUUGGAGAAAAGCCCACAGACCAAUCCGAUUAUUGGUCGCAUUGAAUGCAAGGCUGGGCAUGGAGGCGGACGUCCAACCCAGAAAAUGGCAAGUAUCUGA